AUGCGUCUUGGAUGGUACGCCGGGGCGUCAACAGCCCUCGCUGGUGCUGUUGUCUUCUCGGCUUUUCAGCAGAGGGCCAACUUUUACUCGGCAAUGGUCUACCUAUCGCAGAGCAAUUUCUGCUUGCUAGUCUUAAUCAACUUCACAUUGCUUAUCUACGGAACCAUUGUAUACGGUAUUUCUCAGCUGUGCUGGGGAACGCUACGAACCGCCGAAGUCGAGCAACUUACGGAACGAGCCUGGUUCGCCAUCACUGAAACAUGCCUAGCGAUGACUAUAUUCCGCGAUGAACUCGGGGCAUGGUUCCUUGUCAUGUUCACAGCCCUCGUAACAGGCAAAGUCUGGGGCUGGAUAGGAGAUGGGCGAGUCGAGUUUCUGGAACAGCAGCCGCCGGCUAACCCUCGCCUCUUCCAUACUCGUCUGACUAUUUCGCUCCUCAUGAGCUUUGUCUAUGACGUUUGGAUCCUUCGCUACUGCAUCAAUACCGUUAUUCAAGAGGCCAGAGCUGACAUGAUGGUCAUGUUCCUCUUCGAGUUCGCCGUUCUAGCAACAACGUCCGGGAGAUCAGGAGUCCGCUAUAUUCUAUCCAUUAUUGAGCAAAAGAUGAUUCAGACACAAACGCAAGCGCGUCUCCUGGAGCGCAGGCAAGAAGUCAGGGAACAGCGAGAUACAAUCAUACGACAACGCGAAGAAGCGGCUGCCAGCGGCCAGCCAAUCGAGACCGAAGAGCCUCUGCCCAAUCCAGACGACAUUGAUGAGAUGGACAUCGAAGUACCUGGCUGGGCGACGAAAGGAGAAUGGGUACUUUGGCUGGAUCUUCUAACAGACACGCUGAAGCUCGUUCUCUAUGUUACCUUCUUCGUCUUGUUGACGAUUUUCUACACGUUCCCGAUACACAUCAUGCGCGACUUGCUCAUGACCGCUAGAGACUUUUUGAAGCGCCUCAAUUCGGUCUUGCGAUACCGUCGAGCCAUACAAGAGAUGAAUAGAUACCCAGAUGCUACUCAAGCUGAACUGGACCAAGAGAAUACUUGCAUCAUCUGUCGAGAAGACAUGCGUGUUUGGGAUCUCAAUGCCAAUCCGGGAGCGCUCGACCGAAUUCGACCCAAAAAGCUACCAUGCGGUCAUAUACUUCACCUCGGGUGCCUCAAAAGCUGGCUCGAGAGGCAGCAAGUCUGCCCAACAUGCAGAAGACCCGUCACUCCGGAUCGAGUGCCACCCACAACCAACAAUGCCAACCGCGCUCCUGUUGCGCCACAGAUACCCAACAAUGGACUGCAAGCCGCUCAAGGGGGGCCUGUCCAGGAACCUCGAUUUGGCAGAUUUGCAUUAGAGCAGGCACUGCACGAUCCACCAGCUCAAGCUGGCCCGAAUAUGGACGCGCUUCGCCGGCCGGUCAAUGCGGCUCCCCAGGCUCCUCAGCGCCGCAAUGCACCACAUGUACGACCAAUGCAAGAUAUACUUGCCAUACUCAGAAACGAGGGGCAGCCUCGCCAGGAAGCAGAAGAGCGCAUGCGCCGACGUUGGCGUCGUGGCUUCCCACAGGAUCCUUCAGGCGUGCAACCAGAGGCUGAUCCAUCUCAAUCGCAAUCAGCCCAACAGCAGUCUCAGCAAAGUACAGGAGAUCAGCCUGCAUCGGGCCAAUCAUCUCAGCCUUUUCAACUUGCCCAAUCUGCGAACACACAGGGACAUGUAUUGCCAUCUGCCGUACAACAUCAGACAGAUACGAACCCCCAAACAAUGUUUGCAGCUUCACAGUCCAAUGCUUCGCGUCACAUCCUAUUGAACCAGAGCUCCGCCUUGAGAUCACACAGGCUUCGAACGCUUUCAAAUAUGUACAGCCAAGCCUCUGUGUUGGUCCGCCAAGAAGCUGAGGCUCUUCGUAUAUCCAACGAGCAACUGCAAAUUCUUGGACAGCUGGUUACUGAGCUCGAGCGGUUAGAGCUGUUGCAGCACGAAAAUGCUGACAGUCUUCUCCCUGGCGCUGAAGCCCUGGCGCAUGAUCAGACCAUUCAGAGCUCAGCCGAGUUGCGCGGCAGCAGAAGCGUACCUUCACGGACGCAAAGUCCCGUCAUGAUGAGACAUGGAGCUACCUCGUACUCUGCAGCAAUCCCUGCCGGUAGUCCCGAUCUGCCUGACGGCGUCGCCAUUCCUCCUGGGUGGACCUUGAUGCCGUUGCAAAGGUUGGAUAGCCAGCACCAGGCUCCCCCUGCUAGCACACAUCGCUCGUCGCGAGCAUCUUCCGCUGGCCCUGCCACGACUCCGCACGGCGAAGAUGGCACGUCCCAACUUCCGGUUUCACAAGCUCCUACGUCGCAGCCAUCCCAACGAACCAAUGCUCAUGUUUUGGAACGUAUUCCCGGUACGACUAACUUCCGCAUCAGUGGAUCCAACGGUGCGGGAGCGAGGUCCGAGCCGACAGUUGUUUCCAACGACGCGCCGGCCGACGCGCAGCCGGGAGCUGUCUCGGCACAACAGCAAAUCCUAGAUAGGUCCUUCGGUCGAGGUCGAGGCGGAGAGUCUGGGCCUGGAACGAGGCCCGACAAUUCGACACACAGCACCACUGUUACAUCCGACGCAGCUGCAUCAGCUGAGGCGCCGCCAUCUGCUACCGCCGCAGCUUCCAAUAUUCCAAACUGGGGCGGGUCUUCGCAGCACUUUGGCAGUGCAGCGAGGUCUGAGUCUAUGGAGAACGGAACCGGUGUAGCAGUGGGAGAGGCAGCCUCCCUAGCAGCGGGCAGUACCCAGUCUGCAGAGGAUAGUGACCAGAGUAGGGGCGCCGCGUCUCCAUCAUCUGAAUCCGAAUCCGAUGACCAGGCGGAACCUGCUGAAGGCAGCAAAACAGCAGGUCGGGCUGUUACCAUUGAAGAGGUACCCGAUGAAGAGGAUGACUGA